AUGUCUUCAACACAAUCCAACGAGAGGCAAUAUCCUCUGAAGCGAGACACUCUCGCAUCAGCUCGUCUGAACUUGAAUCAUUUCUGGAUGAAGAACCUGGCGGGCUACCUAUUGCAUCCAAAGAUUCCGACCAAUGUGGACAACUUCCGCCUUGCAGACCUCGGAGCAGGCACAGGACUCUGGGCAUGCGACGUCGCAGCGGCCUUGCCAAACGCGUCUGUGGAUGUCGUCGACAUCUCCGAUGCACAAUUCCCACCCGACGCAUUCCGCCCACGAAACACGCGUUUUUGGACGCAUGAUUGCUUUCAGCCCUUUCCCCCAGAGUAUCUGGGCCAGUUUGACGCUGUCAACAUCAAGUUCAUGUUGUGCAUCGUCAACGAUGAUGUAGCAGAUAAGUUGAUUGAAAACGUGCUCAUGCUAUUAAAGCCUGGAGGCCACCUGCAAUGGUUCGAGCCACUGCCAAACACAGUGCGACAUCGUGGACGAACGGACAAAUUGUCUACGCCGGCAUGCGAUAAACUGAUGGCGAUGUGGAAAAAGCCUGCACCGCAAAGUUCGUACAAUUGGGUCCACGCACUGCCUAAGCUCUUUGAAAGCUACAAGCUGCAGGUCAUUGCUGAGGACAGGCAUGAAAACCCUGAUUACUACAUGCAGGUUGUUGCGCAGUCGAUGUUCCUAGGUCAACUUGAACAUUUUGGUAGUGCCCCGGGCGUUGAAGAACAGGCCGAGCAGCUGCAAGACGAGUUCAGGUCUGGCGCAAUGGUUGAUGUAGUCUGGACGUGUGUAGUUGGUAGAAAAGCACUGUAACGGCAAUACGAGCAAACACUACUAGAAAAUAUAAUUGCGCGUACCUAUGACCGGGAUUACAUGCCUGAAUCUGACAGUUGGGGGGCUGUGUACUGGCACAGCCUCCCUACCGUUGAAUAAAUACAUUGAUAAAGGUUGUUGCCAAAUCGUGGAUUCGAAAACCUGAUAACUUCGAUAGUCAGAUUUACUCUAGAGAUGGAGCUCUGCAAGGCUGAACCGAUCAGCGCGAUCCGGGCACUUCCUGGACUAUACAUCUCAGAGUAAGGGAACCGGGUCUCCUUCAACGCAAUUGCGCCCGGAGCCUAGCUAAUGAAGGCGAAGUGUCACCAUUCCACGCUCGAAAGAACUUCUUUGCGAGCACAAAAU